AUGGAGGGUAGGAAAACACCAUUGGAAUUCGAGACAAUCAGACAGACACUCAAGGAGAAAGCAAGUCUCACGCCACGACAGCUCCAAUGGCUAUCAGGUCAUAUCAGAAUCAUGGACAACUUUGACGAUGCCGAACUGGAGACUAUAUGCGAAAUCAGAAUUCUGAGCAUUUUGGUCGCUAAAGGAGAUCCUCUUGAAAUCGCUAAAGGAACUCCCUUCACCGCACUGGACGAAUUUCUAGCAAAGCGCAAAGACUAUCACACCACAGUCGCAAAUGGCAAGAAGCUCCGACGAAUGGCUAGUUUACUGGGCCGAUUUGACCCGAUACCUUUCAACCCGCAAUCAUGGGAAAUGAACUAUGAGAGACUCCUGGGAAAGAAGGACACGGAGUGGCUGGCUCGCGUACUCCCACGCCCCCUACACAUGUUGGUGGGCCACGACACAACUCAAGCCAUCGCGGAACGAAACUCACGACGCAUUUCCAUUGCGUUUGCAUGCGUUUGUUAUCAGCACCAUAGUCGAUGGACUAGGUCGUACUAG